GUCAAACAACGUGCUUUUAUACCAUCGGAAUAACGAUGUCCGAAAUGCUGAUGACAUCCACGGAGGAAAUACCACUGUGCCCGGUGAAAGCAAACGAGCAUCCGGGCGGCGUACGGAGCUUCCUGUUGGUGGAUGACCAGGAAAACCUCCAGGUGAAGUUAGCUGACAAUGCUAGCAAUUAGCCGCUAAGCGAGAAAGCGACAAACAAACCAGUGAGAUGUUUGUUGUCAUUGUGUGCCUAUAUUGUUGACAGAAGUAUCACCUCGUCCGUACAAUACACGUUAAAACUAUCUCCAUACCUAACGUAGCAGUUGUGUGAGUAACUCUGCCAAGCUUCAACUGUGAUGUGCCUAUGAUGACUCCAUGGUCCACGAUGAGUCUGAUUUUGUUGAGAGGCUCAACUGUGGGGACGUCGGAGGUGUCAAAGUUAUCUCCAUCUUUGGAAACACAGGGGAUGGCAAGUCACACACCCUUAACCACAUCCUGUUCGGUGGUCAAAGUGUGUUUUAUACUUCCAAGUCCCCCAGCUCGUAUACAGUGGGUGUGUGGGCCGCCUAUGACCCUUCCCGUAGCCUGAUUGCCCUGGAUACCGAGGGCUUGUUGGGGGCCGCUGCCAAUCAAAAUCAGAGCAUGAGGCUCCUGCUGAAGAUACUGGCAGUGUCCGAUAUAGUAAUCUAUCGGACACGAGCAGAGCGCCUGCACAAUGACAUGUUCCAGUUCUUGAGCAGUGCUUCGGGGGCCUAUCUAAAGCACUUCACUCCUGAACUGAAGGCCGUAUCCAGACGCUGCGGGCUGGACGUGCCCCUCUCCCAUCUUGGCCCUGCCAUUAUUGUCUUUCAGGAGACAACACACACACAGCUACUGGGCGACGAUUCAAAAGUGGCAGGCCAUGCUGAAACGCAGCUCCAGAGGCGUUUUCAUGAACUGGGCUUAGGGACAGACGCCUUCAGCUCAGUACAGUACGUGGGUACCCAAACAAUUACGCCUCCUACGGAUUACAGCGGACUGCUGGACGCCGUCAUUCAACAAGUGAAGAACACUCACAUACGCUCGGCCCGACAUCCUGGCAUAGUGUUUCAUGCUCUAGAAGCUCUUAGUGAACGUUUUUGUGAUGAGCUCUCAGAUGACAAGAUGAAUCUGUACACCUUCUUCCCUGACGAGUACUUCACCUGCUCUGCUGUUUGCCUGAGUUGCAAUAUUCGCUGCAAGAAUGGAAUUAACCAUCUGCGAGACAGGGUUCCCCACAUGGCAGACGGACUGUGCCAGUAUGCACACCAGUACAGCAACAAAGUCCUUAUUUGUAAGCGGUGCUAUGAAAGAGGCAGAGAGGUGUUAGUUGUGCCUAAAACCUCUGCAUCCUCUGACAACCCAUGGUUUGGACUGGCCAAAUUUGCCUGGUCAGGUUAUGUGUUAGAGUGUGCUAGCUGUGGCGUCAUCUACCGCAGCAGACAGUACUGGAUAUGGAACCAAGACCCUGAGAGCAGCGUGAACCAAGACCCUGAGAGCAGCGUGGUGCGUUCUGAGGUCAAACAUGUUUGGGAGGGGUCGGACACCUUCCUCACCAACCACCAGAAUGCAGCUCAGAGAGUCCUGGAUGGGAUGAACUAUGUAAUCCAGUCAGUGUCGGAGUACAGCACCGGACCAACCAAAACUGUCACAGCCUGGCUCACCGACCAGGUCGCGCCACUGUACUGGAGACCCAACACAGAGAUUAGGGCCUGUCAUGGCUGUCACAAGGUGUUUGAGGAGGCAGAGCGUAAGCACCACUGCCGGUCAUGUGGGGAGGGCUUCUGCCACUUGUGCUCCAGCUACAGGAUCCCAGUCCCAGAGAAGGGCUGGGGAAGCAGCCCUGUCAGGGUGUGUAUGGCCUGCUAUCAACAGGGAGGACCACCUGAAACCAACAAUCAGGUGUGUAAAGUGGAGCCUCGUGGUCUCAUCGCUCGCAGGGUGGCAGAGGUGGCUCAGUCUACGUUGGACAUGGUCAGCACCGCUAUGGACUAUCCUCUCUGCUUUGUAAAGGACGUAGCGCGACCAGACUACUGGGUUCCAGACCAGGACAUCACUCAGUGCCAUCAGUGCUGCAAAGUCUUCACCCCAGUUAUGUCCAAGCACCACUGCAGGGCCUGUGGUCAGGGUGUGUGUGGCCCCUGCUCCACACACAUGAAGCCUGUCCCCUCCAGAGGGUGGGACCACCCUGUGCGUGUGUGUGACAGCUGCAAAACCCAAACCGAUGGUCUCUAAACUUUAAAUCCCGAAUGGAUCUGAAGGUAUGACAACGGGUGCCGGCCACGUGUUCCUUACCUUUUCGGCCUUUUUUUCUACCAUCCUGCUUGGUUUAGUAGACAAUAUGGUGGUCUUCAUUUUACUUGGGGUUCCAACACACUGAAGCCCUCCACAAAGUGACCUGUGGUGUCAAACAAUGAACCAGCAGGAGAUUUUCUGCUAGAAUAUUUUGAACAUGUUUUUUCAAACACGACGGUGACUUUAGAGUACCUUCUCAUUCUGUCAUGAGCAAGCUUGUUUUUAGCUCACCAGACAUCUAUCUAACAGGAAUAAAGGUAAGGAUGGAGGCCAGUACAGUUUAGUCACUGCAAAGAAUGUUUAUGCAUCACAGAUUGGACACGUUCAAAUGUCCAGCUUGAUUUUGGUCCGUUUUAUAUGUUUACAGUAAAUAAACAAGGUUGAAUUGUCUUAUAAAUAACUUUGUUGCGUGAUCAUAAAUACAUUUAGUCAUGCAACAUUCUUAUGGCACAUUGUUAGCAUCAGUGACGUGCGGUGAUGUUCAUGACUGGUGAGGCACUGACUUCAUCACAGUCACAUUUACAAACAACAAAGAGUAUCUUAUUCACCAUUUGAUUGGCAGCAGUUAACGGGUUAUGUUUAAAAGCUCAUACCAGCAUUCUUCCCUGCUUGGCACUCAGCAUCA